CCAGUAAACAUGAUUUCUGCCAUCUUUGGGAUCCAGCAUCAUGAUACCACUCUUCCCUCAAACUGAAGGAUGCUUGAUAAAUGAUAUGCUAUCUCUAUUACGUUCAAGAUCUUGAUGCCUUCCUGUCCCUGCAACUGUCUCCACCUGUGGCAUCAUGAUAACCUCUUUGGCAACUUGCAUGCUCUCCCAUAUUUUUGCAACACAUCUCUUCCUAGACCACAAGUUAUGAGAACUGAAAUCCAAGUCUGAAAGAUUCCUAAUACUGCUCCUAAAUCUUCUAGACGCAAAGAUUGUUUGUUAAGUUUUACCUUAAUUUGAGAAUUGAAGCUGAUAUACAGUUUUCAGAAGAAAAUAAUGGAUGUUUAGUUCUUUUGCUUUUCACUUUCUUAUUUUGUAUCACCUUUCCUCAUUCCAGCUCAAAGACCACCAUUCUUUGUAUGAAGGAUAUGUUCCUAUGAAGUACAAGCGAUAUUACAAGAAAAUGGCCAAAUCUGGUGAGUGGGGGGACCAUGUUACCUUACAAGCAGCCGCUGACAAGGUUUGUUAUUCUUUCCACAAAUAGUUAUGAGAUGCAUGUUUUUGUCAUAUUUUAUAUGGUUGAUGCAUGAAAAUGAUUGUAUGGUGUUUAAAUGCUGUCCAAUUAUGUAGCUAUUCUUUUCCAUUCUAUGCUUCAUAUCAGAUUUGAGUAAAUGAAAUUGAGGAUGACCUUGGCAUUUUUCUUUCAAAGGGGAUAAGCAAAACUGUGCAUCUUGCCAGUUUCUGCUGAUUUUUUUUCAUCCUUUUUUUAUUAGUGCCAGCUUUUGCUGAUGGUUUUGUAUAUUCAUGGAUGCUUCUAGAUGUCUCUGAUUACCCUAAAAAAUGAAAACAAAAAGGAAAA